UUGAUUGCCGUUUCAGUGCCACUCGAGCAGUGGCUUGGUGAAUCAACCGUCUUAUUGACCAAAGGCGGGUUUAAGAUCCGUAGAAAAAAUAUGGUUCGAAUAUUAUCGAAAAAAAUGAACUCACUUCAAGCGAUCUUGUUCCUCGUUAUCGGCAUCGGCAGCGUGUACUGUUGCGCACAGCAUCCGGAAGUGGGAGCACCAAUUGGAAGAAUCCGUGGAUCUAUUUUGAAUUCAAGGCUUGGACGAAAGAUUUAUUCCUUCCGUGGUGUAAGAUACGCCGAGCCACCUACGGGAGAUCGACGUUUUCAGGUAGCAACUCCAGCAGCAGAUUGGAACGAUGUUUUCGAUGCCUCCGAGGAAGGUCCUGCGUGUCCAAGUUUGGGUAACACAACAUGGUCCGAAGAUUGUUUGCGUUUGAACGUGUACACUACUAAAUUACCUUCGAGUUCCGAGAAUGUAAAACGACCGGUGCUAGUAUUUUUCCAUCCAGGUGGAUUUUAUUUCUUCUCUGGUCAGAGCUUGUACUUUGGUCCCCAAUAUCUGAUGGAUAAAGAUAUCGUUCUGGUCACUGUGAAUUAUCGGCUCGGUUCGUUAGGUUUCUUAAGUACGGGAGAUUCGGUAGCACCAGGCAAUUUGGGCUUGAAAGAUCAAGUGGUUGCACUUCGAUGGAUUAAAAGGAACAUCGCUUCUUUCGGAGGUGAUCCAAACUCCGUGACCAUCAGCGGUUGUAGCGUCGGAGGGCUUAGCACCGACUUGCAUAUGUUGUCCCCUAUGUCGAAAGAUUUGUUUCAUAGAGCGAUCGUGAUGAGCGGAUCGCUGAUGAACCUGGAACCUUUUCCAACGCAGCAAAGAAAUAUCGCGAUAAAGCAAGCGAAACUUCUAAAUUGUCCAACCAACGAUAGCGAAGCGAUGGUGGCUUGUAUGAAAACGAAGCCAGUUCAGGACUUUAAGGAUACUAUGCUCCAGUUUUUCGAAUGGUACGGAGAUCCAAUUCUGAUAUGGGAACCAGUGGUAGAACCGGAAGUUCCAGGCGUGGAACGAUUCCUACCAGCGCAACCACUCGAUCUGAUCAGACAGAAAAAAUUUAAUCAAGUACCUGCCAUGUUUGGAGUGACGAAGGACGAAUUUGGAGGAGUAGUUGUUGCGUUUGAGAAUCAAACUAAGGGAGGCAACGAUCUUUAUCGUGAACUCAACGAUAACUGGAACAGAAUUGCACCUAUUAGCUUUAUGUACGAACGUGACACACCACGGUCAGCAUAUAUCACCAAAGAGUUACGUCAAUUUUAUUUCAACAAUGAGUCAAUCGAUCCAGCUCACAACGAUGGUCUCGCUCACAUUUAUACAGACAGCGUAAUUAUAUUUCCUAUGUAUCGUGGGGCAAAACUGAUAGCUGAGAAUUCUAGAGAACCAGUCUAUUUUUAUGAAUCCUCGUAUCAAGGGCGUUACAGUUUUACAAUGUGGAAUGCCACCACACCAUACGGUGUUGUACACCAAGACGAUUUGCAAUAUCUCUUCUUUAUGAAGUCUUUCUUUCCAUUCUUCGAUGAAACUGCUCCUGAAAUUCCGAUAGUGGAGUUAUAUACAUCUAUCUGGACAAGUUUCGUUCAGAGUGGUGAACCUGUUCCCAAGAGUGGUCCAUUUAAUAAGAUAAAGUGGGACAGGUUUAUUCCUAAUCAAGACAAUUACCUGGAAAUUAACACGGAUCCUACCAUGAAGACUGGCCUCUAUCUUGAUAGAAUGCAGGAGUGGGAAAAACUGUUCCCUUUACCUCCGGCAGCAUUUUCAAGCUUUAAAAUGAAAAGUACUCUGAUACUUUUCUUUGCUGCCUUCAUCGCCAUCAGCAAUGCUCAAAAUAGCAACGAUGAGAAACCAGUAGUAACUGCCCCUACUGGAAAAAUUAAGGGUUCGAUUAUACCUUCGAGACUUGGCAAACAAAUUUAUUCGUUUCGUGGUGUGAGAUACGGAGAACCACCCACUGGACAUCAACGUUUUCAGCCUCCAAUCCCAGCACAAGACUGGAAGGAUGUGUUCGACGCUACCGAAGAAGGACCCAGUUGCCCUCAUCCGGAUGGAAAAAUACAAUCUGAAGAUUGCUUACGACUAAACGUUUACACCACAAAACUGCCUUGUAAGACCGAAAAUGUAAGCAGACCAGUUAUGAUAUUUAUACAUCCGGGUGGUUUUUACGGAUUUUCUGGACAAAGCGUCAACUUUGGACCGCAAUAUCUGAUGGAUCACGAUAUCGUCUUGGUUACUAUUAAUUACCGUCUUGGAACAUUAGGUUUCUUGAAUACUGGUGAUAGCUUGGCACCAGGUAACAUGGGGAUGAAAGAUCAGGUUGUGGCACUUCGUUGGGUACAGAGAAACAUCGCUGCUUUCGGUGGCAAUCCAAACUCUGUCACUUUGUGCGGCUACAGUGCUGGAAGUUUCAGUAUAAUGUUGCACAUGGUGUCCCCUAUGUCUAAGAAUCUCUUCCAUAGAGCUAUCUCGAUGAGUUCUUCGGCUAUCGGAUCGGACGUCUAUGGCAGUAUCUCGCAAAAUGGACAAAAGGAGCUGGUUAAAAAACAAGCUGAACUGUUGGGCUGUCCUACUGACUCAACCGGUGCGAUGUUGCUUUGCUUCAAUAGCAAACCAGUGGAAAACUUUACAAGCACCUUGAGCUCCUUAUUCGAUUGGUACGGAAAUCCAAUUUUACUUUGGAAACCCGCUGUGGAACCUGAAAGUCGUGACGGAGACAGAUUCUUGACCGAACAACCGUACGAUUCGAUCAUGAAAGGAAACUUUCAACAAGUUCCUUAUAUUCUUGGUGUUACGGAGAACGAAUUUGGUGGAAUAGCUUCCUUGUAUGAAAAAGAUAGGAUAUAUGAAAAUGGUACGUUGUAUCGUGAGCUAAACGAGAGAUGGAACACUCUUGCUCCAAUUAUAUUCAUGUACGAACGUGACACACCACGAUCGAAUUAUAUCAGCAGGGAGUUGAAGAAAUUCUAUUUCAAGGAUCAGCCAAUUGGACCAGAAAAUAAUGACAAACUUAAUCAAUUAUACGGUGAUGCUGUACCUACAUUUGCUAUGUACCGAGCAGCUAAGAUAUUUGCUAAGCAGUCUAGACAACCAGUGUACUUUUACAAAUUCACGUUCCAAGGACGUUACAGCUUCCAAAUGUGGAAUGAUACCACGCCUACUGGUGUGAACCAUCACGACGAUCUACAGUAUCUCUUCUUCAUAAAGUCAUUCUUCCCAUACUUCGAAAGCGACGCUCCUGAAAUUCCUAUGGUUGAACUUUACACGGACAUGUGGUCGAAUUUCGUGCAAAACGGUGAACCAAUUCCUAGGGACAAUGAUAAACUCAAGAACGUGAGAUGGACUACAUACGUUCCCUCGCAGACCAAUUUCUUGGAUAUUAAUCUUCAUCCGUCCAUGAAGAAUAGCUUCUUCCCUGAAAGAAUGCAAUUAUGGGAAAGACUGUUUCCCGUGCCUAAGUCGCCAGGUUCGGUGAAACACUGAGCGUACUAUCUUUUACAGUAGAGUAUUCUUUUUGAUAAACUAUUACCUUAUAAACACAGCAAGCAAACAGCAAUUAUCAUUCUCUUCUAUAUCCGCUUCGUUCUUAUAUAAAACAUUAAGUAUAAAAUAAAAUAUGGUAAAUGUA